AUGGAGAAAUCACAUUCUUUUACAACCACAAAAGUGGCAGACAUAGAAUGUAUUCGUAAAAACUUAGCUAAAAGGUCUCUUGAUGCCAAGUUUGAUCUGCAAGGCACAGACUACAAGCCUAUAGAAAACAUUGGUAUUGGUGCAUAUGGCGUCGUGUGUUCAGCUGUUCACACAAAGUCUACAGACAGAGUUGCAAUUAAAAAAAUACCAUGUGUCUUUGAAGCAUUGUCUAUUGCCAAGAGAACCUACAGAGAGAUCAAAAUCUUGAAACACUUCAAGCAUGACAACAUUAUAUCAAUUCGUGAAAUUCUCAUGCCUAAACAGAAUGUUACAGAUUUCAAGGAUAUUUAUGUUGUCUUUGACCUGAUGGAAAGUGAUCUGCACAGAAUCAUUUACUCCAAGCAGGAGCUAAGUGAAGAACAUAUUCGUUAUUUCUUAUACCAACUCCUCAGAGGUCUCAAGUACAUACAUUCUGCCAAUGUUAUUCAUCGAGAUCUGAAACCCAGCAAUGUUCUUGUGAAUGAAGACUGCCAUCUUAGAAUUGGAGACUUUGGAAUGGCCCGUGGUGUAUUCUAUACCCCGGAUGAACCCAGCUAUUACAUGACACAGUAUGUUGCAACACGCUGGUAUCGUGCCCCAGAGAUUCUCCUGUCAAUGCUGGAGUAUGGAGCAGCUCUGGAUAUGUGGUCGGUUGGCUGCAUAUUUGCUGAAAUGAUGGGACGAAAGCAUCUGUUUCCAGGAAAAGAUUACAUAUCCCAGGUGAAGUUGAUUGUAGGAGUGCUUGGAACCCCAUCGGAAUCUGUGCUGAAGAAAUGCCAUCAUGACAUCCUCAAGAAAAUGAUCAAAGGUUUUGGGAAGAAGGAGCCAGUAUCCUGGGAGAAACUGUUUCCUAAGGCCAGCAAAAAGUCGUUGGACUUAGUAAGCAAAAUGCUGGUCAUUAAUCCUGAAGAUCGUAUCUCAGUUGAUCAGGCAUUGUCACACAGGCUGCUCAACAACUACCAUGAUGCUAGUGACGAGCCGGUCUGUGUACCACCUUUCAAUUUUGAUUUUGAAAAAGAGGACAUGGACAAGAACUGCCUCCGAUCAGCUAUCAUGGAAGAAAUUAUGAGCUUUCAUCAACCUAAACAACAGCCUUUAAGCUUUAAUGCAUUUCUUCGACCUGCACCCAAGUCUGAAGAGACAGUCACUAAGGAAUUGAAAAUGGAGAAAGUUUCAGAACACGAAUUAUUAUCCAAACAGAUGACGACAGAGAUGGAGUCGGUGACAGAAGUCAAAACGCCAGGCAAUGCUGACAGCAAGCCAUCCAGCAAAAUAUCGCCUGUCUCUGUAGAUGUUGGCAAACUACGGCUGGUCCCAUCAUGUGACAUUGAGAUGCUCAGUGCACAGUCAUCUGAUGGGAGAGCCAUAGACACUUUACAUACAGAAGCUCCGGCUGUGGAUAAACAACUGAAAGAGGCAGAUCAGAAAAUGUUUGUAGAAACAGAGUCAAAGAUUCCCAUGGACAAAAAAGGAGGGAACACAAUUUCUGAAGACACAAAAGCCUUGGUUAAACAGGCACUGAUGAAUGCAACCCAGAGAAGGCAGCGGGCAGAAUCACAGGGAGAUGAUUGUAAGGAUCCCAAACCAGUGACAGCUGCACAAAGGCAGAGGGAACGAGAGGAGAGGCGAAGGAAAAAGAAAGAAAGAGCAUUGGAGAAAGUGAAGAAAUCAAAAGAGAAAAAACAGCCAUCAUCUUUAGCCUUGUCGAGUCAGGACAUGGAGUUGCUGAUACGAUGGACAGGCAUGCAGAAACCUGGCAAAAGUGAAACUAUUUCACAGAGUCCUCCUCACCCUGGCCCUGCAGUGUCACCACCUCAGGCAACAGACACGGCUGCAAAGAGUGGCUCUAUGAGGAGCUCUGUGAACAGCUGCUGCGCCCAAAAACAUGAAGGUAGCAUCAGCUCACAGCAUAUUGCAGGCAGUACUUAUUUACACUCCACCGCCAGCAAACCCCGGCAGAUAUUGGCCAGAACUGCAGUCACUUCCACAGUGACACUGGGCUCGGCAGUCAACGUUACUCCAAGCAGGAUGGGCAUCGGCGGAACUGUUCUGUUUUCAUCCACCCAGCUGGCGUUAUCCCAAGCAAAUUUUAUUCCAGUUAUUGCCAUACCCUCUUCGGUCAACCCAGGUCAGCUGGAGAUCAAAAGAAUAUUUCAGUCAGCACAAAUACCUGUCACCACUGUGCCUUCAUCGCUGCAGACAUCAGAUUGUUCACACACUUUUGUACAUACUGGAGGCACGUUUCACACAGAUACACACACUUUAAACACCCAUAGUGUUAGAGAGAAAGACCCGGUCCCUGAUGGUGUUCAGACAGAAAAUGUCAGUCCUGAGUUACCUACCCAAAUCAGUUUUCCCAGGGUGAACAGUACAGUUAUUGGUGAUAAAACAGGAGUUCAGAUCAGUGUUAGUCACAAUCAGUUUUCAACCUCACUAGUUUGCACUGAAGAUUCACUGAAAUCUGAAACAUCUGUCACCAAAGAUGACCAGCUGUCACCUCGCAGUCAGGGAAACGACCUGCUUGAUUUUCUCAAUCAUCACCUCAAAGACUCUUGUAGAGAUAAACAUAUUCAGGAAACAGGAAGUACCACAAUGCAGAACAUAUAUGUCGACCAGAACCCGGUUAUUCAUCAGCAAAAUGGAUUUAUGCUAAAUGGCUCCUCACCGGAAGGCAGGCAGCAGCAUAGCUUGACACCAGCUCUACCAUUCACCAGCUACCCACAGACAUGUACCUCUCAAGAGCAAAUAGCCAGGUCCAACUCCACACCGAGCCUCUUGAGACAAAACUCACAUUCACCAAACUUACAAAAUAAGCAGCAGGAACUUCAGCACAGGUCUUCAGUACCAGUGAUCUCUUGUGGAGUUCAGUCGUUCUCCAACUUUCCUGUUCACAGUGACUUUGCUACAAAUUUCCAAACUGCACAAGAUAAUCAAUCUGAAAACUUCCCUCAGACAAACACUACAACCAGUUUUGAACCCAGUUUUGCUUCUGAGAACAGCUAUCCCAAGUUCUCACCAACUGCAGAUAUCAUUAACUAUGACUCCCAGAUUCAUCACUCAAAUAUGCUUUUUCAGAAUACCCCAGACUUUCCACUUCCACUACAACAUCAGCAACUUUGUAGUGAGGUUUUUCCAAACGCAUUAUCUUAUAAUGAAUUUAGUAGCUUCUCAUCCUGUGGAACCUCAGGAUCAUCUUCCAUGCAGUAUCAUCACAGCUUUUCAGAAUUCUCCAAAUCACAAUCUCAGCAGUCUGAUUUCUCCUCAAAUCAAAGUUUCCAAACAGCAAGUUACGUCGGUGCGGCAAGCAGCCAUAUUGUCACACAACACAUUCCUGAAGCCAUCCCUCCUGUUGCCAGUUUGCAUUCACAGACAA